AAUGUUUACUCAGUAUUUAUGGUACUAUUGCUGUACACGUUCACGUUCUGCGCGUUCGUAGACUCCGUGAUCAGCAAAGACCUCAGAACCACCACCGAUAAAUUUUCGGUGUUCAUCUCGAUACUAGGGGUCUGCAUAAAGAUCGCGAAUCUGUUUCUACAACGUGAGAAGAUCAUACGCGUGGUCGAUAUUUUGCUAACGGAGAAUUGCGUUCCGAGGGACGAGGACGAGAUGAUGAUACAACGGAAGUCCGACGCCUACGCCAGAAGGCUGACAAUAUACUGUGAGAUCCUGAACGAAUCCGCGGCGUCGUUCGCAACGGUGGCGCAAUUCGACAAAUUGAUCAGGACGAGGACAUUACCGAUAUCUGAUUGGGUACCCUACGAUCUAUCCUCGAGAAAGGUCCACAUGAUAUCUCUGUUACAUCAAACGUUUGGUUUGAUGAUCUGCGCGAACGCUAGCGUGGCCAACGAAACGCUGAUCGCUGGAUUGAUGAUCCAGGUCAGAGCGCAAUUCGAGAUAUUUUGUCAUCGAGCACGAUCCUUGCCCGUUUCACUGCUGGAAGUACAGAGGAACAGCGUCUCGAUAGAGGAUUUGGAGAACAAGAGAAAGAAGAUUCUGAGGGAGUUGGUUCAACAUCACCUUGAAAUUUACAAAUUCGCGGAGACCGUGAACGCAAUUUUCCAGUACACGAUUUUCCUCCAGUUCAUGAUAAGUUCGACGGUGCUGUGUCUGAGUAUUUACACGAUGUCGACAGCGGACUCGUUCGACGUGAACUUCGUUUGGACCUUCUCCUAUUUGUGCUGUAUGCUGAUGCAGGUGUAUUUAUACUGCUGGUUCGGAAACGAGGUGACGUUGAAGAGCAUGCAAGUAAGCGACGCGAUUUAUGAAAUGGAUUGGACCACGCUGCCCGUUAAUAUUAUGAAGGAUUUGUUGAUGAUCAUAAAGAGAUCCAAACGACCUUUCAGAAUGUCGAGCGCUCACAUUAUCACGUUAUCCACGGAUUCUUUUAUGGCCGUUAGUUAA